AUGUGUACCAGAAUCCGUAAGGGCAUCAUCAACCCGAAUUAUCCGGGCUUUCAGUCGUUGGCGUACACGCUGAACGAGGACAACUUCGACUACAGCUCGGAAAAUCCCUCCGACGACGAUGAGGACUCGUACGUGUCGGAAUCGGACGACAACGAAAUGAGGCAGCGCGACAAGGAACCGGAACAGCCGGGCGAUGAGAAUGGCAACUCGUACGGUGACGGUAACGGUCGGACGGAUGGGGAAAAUGUGCAUCUAAAUUCCACCAUGGACAUUCCGGUGGUUCGCUCCAGCCUGUACCAUGCAUCAAUGACGACACUGGAAGCGGAGGAAUUCUUCCCGUCGGAUUCGCCAUAUCGUCGGGCGCGGAUGCACCACAUCACGGAUGGUCGCAAAUCUCCCACGCUUACAACGGCCAUGUUCGGCACAGAGGAACAGCUUGAGUCGACGGUAAUCUAUGCCUGCACGCCACCGGACAUCGUGCUCCAGCACAGCUACGAUCACCGUUCGACCGUUCUCGGAUCGUCCAACGAAUCGGCGAACGUAACGCUGGAACUCUCAACCAGUCAAAAGCCCGAUCUGAUACCGGAACAGCAGUCGGUAGAGCAUCGGCCGCUGAAGAAGAUUCCUGAACUUGAUGCAUUGGCGAACCAGAACGAUCAUCCGGAAAAGGAUCGUGCUGUAACCUCGCUUUCGGACGUGCCCGAAAACGAUACGAACAAAAAGCAGGAGGAGGUGGAAGAUAAGAAUUAUAUGGAACAGGACGAUCAGGACGAUCGGGAUGUUGAAGGUAAUCGAUCACCACCGUCACCAGCGAUCGAGCUACUGCAAGCCGUCGAUCAAAUCUCGAUCGCCAAUCGUGAUAUCUGUACCAACUUCCACCAGGAAGUAUCCUUACACUCGGACAAGCUGUUGAACGACAUGUCCCAAUGCUCACUCACAGACGGAGAGGCACUGUCGGAAGAUUCGGAACAAGAAUCCGACGAGGCUGACUUCGAGUACAAACCGUAUGGCGUGGUGGAGGACACGAGGAAUACCUACGCAACAUCACCUUGCGAUGUACCAACAUCCGGUGACAGUGGGGACAGUGCUGGAUCAAGUCCGGGUGAGGUACAGUACCAUCUGGUGGAUGAUUGUUCGAACCAAACGGUACAAAUAACCCGCUCGCGCCAAUCGAACGAUCAAUCGCCCACGAAUCAUUUCCAUCUACUGCAACACUACUCAACGCCCGGCACUGUGGACUACCCUCCGUUUGCGCAUGUGCAGCAGCACGAAGUUAAUCGUAAUGACUACUACAGCUCAGAGCCCGCUAGUGAAUUUGGGCGCCAAAAUGUGCCACAUUCCGGGCGAAUAGCGAACCACGAUGAAGCGAUAUUGUCAAGCGACUUUCCCGAUGCACGUCCUAGCACGCUUCAACUCACUCGAAGAGAGUCCUCCAACUUUGCAUCGUACUCCGCUCACACCGCAGGUGAUAUUCAACCUGCUUCAUACAAGGAAAAGCAGAACAAUGACAACCACCAAACGCUUAGCACAGAGAUGGUCGCUCCUGCAAGGCAGUUCCAAAAAGUACCGAAAGUGAAUCCAUUCUGCGAUGCGCUGCUGCAGGAAAAUGACACGUGUGAUUUCUUCACCAAACAAGCCAAAUUACAAAUCGAGGCACGGAUGGCACUCUGCCAGGCGAAGGACAUGGCUCACAUGCAAAUGGAGUUCGAAAAGCGCAACCUACCAUUGUCACCCGUGACCAGGGUCAUUCACACCGCCGUCGAGAAGGCUGGGCUUAGUUUGGCGCCCGACAAACGACGUCUUUCGCGCUACUACCUAACCCGGCUGAACGUGCACCAGCUGCAGACAAUUCUUACCGAGCUGCAGGGCCACGCGGAGGUGCUGAAUGAGGAGCUGGUGGAGCUGCUGAUGGAACGGGAUGACUUGCACAUCAGCCAGGAUGCCACGCUGAUCGAUAUAGAGGAUCUUUCGCGAUAUCUUUGUGCCAAGGAGCAGACGAUCAUUCAUGCAGAACGUCAGCGUAAAAGCCACUACUGGAGCGGCAACCGAGUGACACAUCAUCAGCCACACGCGAAGCAACCCUCCUUACCACAGCCACCGAUACGAUCGUCGUGCGGUACUGCGAUUCCAGCAUAUCGUUACCAUUAG